AUGGGCUACAGCGGACACACUUCCGGCGAAAAUGUUGUGAUUGUGGUCACGUUGUUCACGGUCAUUGCGGUUUUAUGCUGUAUCCUUCGGCUCUGGACACGCCUACGCAUUUCAAGGCAAGCUGGUAUUGACGAUGCCCUCGCCGCAGUGGCUGCUUGCCUAAACAUCUUGGUCAACGCGUGCAUGUGCAUGCAAGUAAGAUACGGCAUGGGAAGACACAUGGACUCUCUGACACCAAACGAGCUUGUGCAUUCUUUGAUCUGGUUUUACGUCUCGAUACCGGCAUAUAUGGGGUCGCUCGGCAUCAUCAAGUUAUCGAUCGUGUACCAGUGCUUGCGCGUCUUUGGUCACAUAGAUUGGUUCCGAAAAGCGAGUAUCUUCAUGAUUGUACUCCUGGCGAUCUUCACGACUUGUAGUAUCUUUAUCAGCCUGUUUCUGUGUCGGCCAGUCAAUCAUUUCUGGUAUCCAAAACGACCUGGCAAGUGUCUGAACAAGCUAGCAAUCUGGUUCUUCAUCGCGAUCUUCAGCAUCAUCACCGACAUCGUGACGGCCAUCCUUCCCGUGACCGUGGUCAGAAGCCUACAACUCCCGCGAAGGCAGCGAAUCUUGCUCAGCUGUGUCUUUGCCCUGGGAGGCAUCGUCUGUGUCAUCUCCCUCAUUCGCUUCCACGCACUAUAUGCAAUCGCCAAAUCCACCGACCCCAGCUACGACAACCCUCUCGCAGCACUUUGGGCAACAAUGGAAAUCAACAUCGGCCUCAUUGCUUGCUCUUUGCCCGUACUCAAAGGCCUCGUUGGUCGCUGUUUUCCCAAAAUGUUCGCGACAUUCGGCAGCGGUAUCGGAUCUGGUGGCGGCGCGGACGGCUCCUACGAGCUUCGAGGUCGGUCUUUGCAGACAAUUGGAAGUGCCCGCGCGUUUCGGAGUAAAUCACAAGGAGGCGCUUCGUUGCUUGGGAAGAAGUAUGGUGUUAUGGUGACGGCGAUUGAAGCUGAAGGAGAAGAAAUGGAGUCGCAUCGGGAUGAGAAGCGGUUGAUGCCGCCUACCAAUGGCAUCCAGGUCACGACUACUAUGGAGCAGAAGGAGGAGGCGAAGCGGAAGAGUACGAUAUCUAGGGCGCCGACGAGGCCUAGUGAUAGUGGGGAGGAGUUAGUGCCUUGCCCCAUGCCGGCGCAUGCGGUUUAG